GCACAGAAUACAUGUAACAGUUUUGCGAGAUAGGUACCACCAGACAGCUUAACUUAUUUGCACUGUCAUGCAUCGUCAUGGCGGCCAACGAAGUCAACGGGUCGUGCAAAACAUCAGGUCUGCCUGACCAUGUUGCAGAUACGAAGCAGACUGAGACUAGCGAACCCGCCGCCAAAGCACCCUCAGUAGACAGACGACCGCCACAUCCAAUGAAGACAGCUGGUCUCUUCUCCAAAUUAUUCUUUAUCUGGAUGUUUGACUUCUUCCGUCGGGGCUACAAGAGACCUCUCGUUGAAACAGACUUGUACGACGUUCUGCCUGAUGACUCCGCUGAUGUUGUGGUUGGAAAACUCGAGAGGGAGUGGAAUAAAGAAAUUGAUAAAAGUAAAGUCACAGGAAGGCCUCCGUCUCUUCGAUGGGCGUUGGUUAGAGCGUUUGGAUGGUAUUACAUGAAACAAGGCUUCCCUGCAUUCAUUGAGGAGGUCAUCUUGAAGAUGGCCCAGCCAGUGAUGCUGACCCGUCUGGUUCUGUAUUUCUCCACGGACACCGUGUCGACCACGGAAGCCUACUUGCAAGCUGUUGGCUUAUCAUUGACGGCUCUGUUCAUGCUCAUCACCCACCAUGCCUGCUUCUUCGGCUUCAACAUCACGGGAAUGAGGCUCAGGACGGCCUGCUCGGGUCUCAUCUUCAGAAAGUCGUUGAGACUCAGCAACCUAGCUUUAGGGGAAACGACGAUCGGUCAGCUGGUUAACAUCCUCUCCAAUGACGUCAACAGAUUCGAUUUGGCCUUCCAGUUCCUCCAUUAUCUCUGGAUAGCUCCAUUUCAGCUGAUUGCUGUGAUAGCCCUAGCAUGGAGGGAGAUUGGCGUGUCUUGCCUCGCCGGGAUCUCGGUUCUGAUAUUCACGGCACCCCUCCAAGGUUACAUGGGAAAACUGUUUUCCAAAUUGAGAGCGAAAACGGCCUUGCUGUCGGAUACAAGGAUCCGCAUCAUGAACGAGGUCAUAUCCGGCAUACGCGUCAUCAAGAUCUACGCCUGGGAGCAUUCCUUUGGAAAUCUCGUCGCCGAAAGCCGGCGAAAGGAAGCACGGAAGAUAUUACACAGUGCCUAUUUGCGCGGGCUAAUUCUGGCCCUCUUGUUCAGCGGCCCUCUGUUGACGACAUUCAUCACAUUCGUUGUCUACGCCUCCCUGGGCAAUCCCGUCACGCCCUCCAAAGUCUUCCCCAUCCUGGCGCUGUUCUACAGCGCCAGGAUUUGCCUGUCCGUCUUUUUCCCGUACGCGGUCAUGAACGGGUCGGAGGGACUCGUCUCCAUUCGAAGGAUUCAGAAAUUUCUGCUGAUGGAGGAGCUUCAGAUACACACCAAGGAGAGGGAUAAUAACGCCAGUGGUGAUGUUGCUCUUGAAGAACCUGUUAUUCUAUUGGACGAGAUCAAAGCAGACGGAAUCCCCCAAAAUGAUGAGUCGAACAUCUCGGAGCAUCCAGACAGAACAAGAACAAAGAGCACGAAUUGUCUGAUUGAGUCUGCGGGCAAUGGUGAGUUGGCCGGAUACGAAGGACCAGCUGGAAGCAAGAAGGAGGAGGAACCGAACGAGCCCAAUCUUGAUCUGAAGGAGCCAGAUACUGAGGAGGAAGAUGGGGCAAAAAUUGUCGUAGAGAACAUGUACGGAUCUUGGAACAAGGACGUGAAUAACACCGUGCUCCAAGACGUCAGCUUCCGCGUGGAACCAGGGGAGCUGCUUGCAGUUAUUGGGCCCGUUGGGUGUGGUAAGUCUUCGCUUCUGAUGGCCCUGCUGGGUGAGCUGCCUACUGUAUCCGGAGUCAACAUCUUGAGUGGUCAGGUCGGCUACACGGCCCAGCAACCCUGGAUCCUGUCUGGCUCGCUAAGGGACAACAUCCUCUUUGGCAGUGAAUACGAACCGGCCAAGUACCAGCGAAUCAUCAAACAGUGCGCGCUAACCAGAGAUAUCGAGCUGCUUCCUGAUGGUGACCUGACACUGGUAGGUGAGCGUGGCGUGACCCUUAGUGGGGGUCAGAGGGCAAGGGUCAGCCUGGCUAGAGCUAUGUACAGUGACGCUGAUGUGUACCUACUCGAUGACCCUCUGAGUGCAGUGGAUCCAGCAGUUGGGAGACACCUCUUUGAAAAGUGCAUUCUGCAUCAAAUGAAGGACAAAGCUGUGAUCCUUGUCACCCAUCAGCUGCAAUUCCUUGAUAAGGCAGACAAGAUUCUCAUCCUUAAAGAGGGCCGGGAAGCUGGAUACGGGACCUACCAAGAGCUGCAGGAACACGGCGUGGACUUCGCUUCCCUCUUGAAGAAGAAGACUAAAGAUGGUGACUACGAUGGAGCCAAUGAGCAGGAUGUUAAUCCUGAGACGCUUGACGACAAGGUGUCCAUGUCUUCAGAUGUCUCGUUCUACCCCGACCGAGAUGAGGUGGAGACACCUGUGGAUAUCGUCCCGGAGGAGAUGGCAGUCGGUAUCGUGGAGUGGACGGUGUACAUCCGCUACUUCAGAGCGGCAGCUGGGGUCCUCUUUCUGAUCUUCUGGGCCAUUGUCGUCAUCAGUGCACAGGCAUUGUUUUCUUGCACGGAUGUCUGGCUAGCGACAUGGGCCAACGAAGAAGAGAAGGAUCUAGUAGACAGGAACAUUACGAGUCAGGAUUAUCAGGACGGUACGGAGUACGCGAACCGGUCAUACUACAUCAGGAUAUAUGCCAUCUUGUUAGGAGCUACCACCGCCGCCAUGUUUCUGCGGGCCUUUCUGUUCUUCUACAUGUUUGUUACCGCCUCAAAGGCCCUUCACAACCAGAUGUUUGGUUCCAUCAUCAGAGCGCCCAUGCAGUUCUUUGAUACGAAUCCUGUGGGUCGGAUUCUGAAUCGCUUUGCUAAAGAUAUCGGCUACAUGGAUGAGAUUUUGCCAGCCACAUUCACCGACUUCCUUCAGAUUUCUUUAAUUACCACCGCCAUUGUCGUCCUGGUCUCCAUCUUCAAUCCAUUUUGCCUCACCUUCAUACUGCCGAUUGUAAUCGUCUUUUACUUCACGAGGAAGUACUACCUGGCCUCCUCGCGAGACGUUAAAAGAUUAGAAGGAAUAGCUCGCAGUCCCAUCUUCUCCCACCUGUCGGCCACCCUGACUGGUCUGAGUACGGUCCGGGCCUUCAAGGUUCAGCAGCGAUUCACGGCGGACUUUGAAGGGUACCUGGACGGCCACACCAGGGCCUGGUUCUGCUUCCAGGCCACGUCUCGGUGGUUCGGUGUGCAGAUGGAUUUCUUCAGUGUGUUAUUUAUCGCCGGAGUCAGUUUCGCCUGCAUCUUGGCCGCAGAUCUUCUUGAUCUCAACUCUGGGAUUGUCGGUCUCUCCCUGACCUAUUCCAUGACUCUCAUGGGGACGUUCCAGUGGGCGGUUCGACAGAGCGCAGAGUUAGAAAACCAGAUGACAUCAGUGGAGCGUGUUUGCGAGUACAUCGAUAUCAAACCGGAGGCUCCGUUGGAGACCGAUCACAAGCCGCCUCCUGACUGGCCCCAAGAGGGCGGCAUUACGCUCCAAGAUGCCUCCCUGAGAUACAGCGAAGAUGGGCCACUGGUACUUCAAGACAUUAGCUGUGCCAUCAGUCCAAAAGAAAAGGUAGGCAUCGUGGGCAGGACGGGGGCCGGUAAGAGCUCACUGAUGACAGUCUUGAUGAGACUGGCCGAACCCACAGGUACCAUCAUGAUAGACGGUAUCAACACGGCCCUGAUAGGACUCCACGACCUCCGCAAGAAAGUCUCAUUCAUCCCACAGGACCCAGUUCUCUUCAGCGGAUCACUUCGCAAGAACCUGGAUCCUUUCAGUGCACACUCGGAUUCUGAUAUAUGGAGGGCUAUUGAAGAGGUUGAGUUGAAGCCAGCGAUUGAGGAGUUGCCGGACAAGUUGGAGGCACUCUUGACAGAGGGAGGCACCAAUUUCAGCGUGGGUCAGAGGCAGCUACUGUGCCUGGCUAGGGCUAUCCUGCGCAAGAACAAGAUCCUCAUAGUGGAUGAAGCCACAGCCAACGUAGACAUCAGAACUGACCGUUUGAUUCAGGCGACUAUUAGACAGCGGUUCAAGCACUGCACAGUCCUGACCAUAGCUCAUCGUCUCAACACAAUCAUGGACUCCGACAAAGUUAUGGUGCUUGACGCAGGUCGGCUGAUUGAGUUUGACGAGCCUUAUGUUCUGCUCCAGAAGGAAGAUGGCAUCUUUAGCAAGAUGGUACAAGAGACCGGCAAGGCGGAGACAGCCAAACUCCUGCAGAUCGCUGAUGAGAAAUACCACCUGACAGACGGCAACGAACCCGAAGACAUUGAUAAACCCGUCUACCUCUAAACUUGAACCCAGGGAUGGCUUAACCGAGACAGUACAAUGUAUUCAAAUAUGCACAAAUAUUAUGUUCAGAAAAAAAAAAUUAGAUUUAGAGGCAACCGUGAUGUGUAUUUUUCCUUUUUUAAUAUUAACAGAGGGUACUAUUGUUCAUAGGAAGAAAAAUGCUUUUUAUCAUGUCAAAAUGAAUGUACAUGUAUUGUCUAAAAGGUUUAACGUCAUAAUUAUGCAAUUGGCUUGUUAACUCAGGAUUCUUCUGUUGAAGCUGCAGUGCAGAUAAUGUUUUCUUAUUA